AUACACUGGCAGUCGCAAAAAAGAAGCACAUUUGUUAAUGAAUUUUCUGAAGAUAACCUAAGCUGUGAAGAGAUCCGCGCACGUGGAUUUUAUCCAGAAGUACCUCUGUCAAAAGAUGAAAAUGAAUUCCCUAUUGCCUACGCCCGUACAGUCUAUAAAGACUAUCACUUCCAAGAAAUGAUGUUCAACGUCAUGUAUGCUCCACAGAACCGCUACUGUUUUAUUAUCGACAACAAGGCUACCGAAAAAUUUCACAAAAAAAUGAAAAUUCUUGGAAAAUGUUUUAAGAAUGUAAUUGUAAGUGAUGUAGAGUUCGAUGUUGAUGGUGCGGGUCAUAACAUGGUCAGGAGCUUCCUCUACUGUAUGCGGUUACUACUCAAGGAGCCAAGCUGGAAGUACGUUACAACACUUCAGGUAGAUAUUAAAUUAAAAAAGUAUCUUGCUUUUUUUCUGACGUUUUUCCUUAUAAUUCAAAAUAAAAAAGAGUUUUCUUUCAAAAAUUUUGUUUUCGUGCAUUUACACAGAUAUCAGUUUGCUGCAAAUUGUUUUGCUUAG